CCCGUUUCUGUCACUAACUCUGAACAGAAAAAAGGGGAAAGCACGUGCUUCGAUCUCCACAUCUACAUAGACUGUGCCGACUGGAGAUCGAACUAUACUUACACACACAAACACACACACACAAACACGCAUCCGUUCGGGUGUGUGUGUGAGUUAUGUUCUAGAGAGGGGAAACGGCUGAAGAGUAUCUCCAAUAAAUCUCUCUCUCCUCUGCAUUUCUGAUGGCCGACGACGAGCCUAUGCCCACUCGCUUGUCGUUUCAGAAUUCAUCUGCUGGGUGUACGAUCUAGGAAUUCAAGUUGUUCUACGAUUCCAAAUUUGGGAGGAAGAAGGAAGUUGUGGCCAAAGAUAUGCCUGCAAACGGUCAAACUGUGAAUAACGGGAGUUACACGAAUGGGGCAUCAAAUGGAAGUGAGCGUGUGAACAACACGUCCAACUUGGCUAAUUAUGAACAGUAUGCCAACCAGGGUCGCGGGAAUGGGGUGCAUUCUAAUGGAACCUCACUUGCUGGAGUUGAUGAAAAGCCGCAGAAAUCAUUACUUCCUCCUUUCGAAUCAGCAGAAGUACGUGCUUUGGCAGAGAGUUUGUGUAGAGAUAUUAUUCGUGGUAGCCCAGAUGUUAGCUGGGAUAGCAUAAAAGGGUUAGAAAAUGCUAAACGGCUUCUCAAAGAAGCUGUUGUGAUGCCAAUAAAAUAUCCAAAGUACUUUACUGGUCUUCUAUCACCAUGGAAAGGCAUUCUUCUUUUCGGCCCCCCUGGAACGGGAAAGACUAUGCUGGCAAAAGCUGUUGCAACAGAAUGCAAAACUACAUUCUUCAACAUUUCUGCCUCAUCAAUUGUCAGCAAAUGGAGGGGUGAUUCUGAAAAAUUGGUGAAAGUAUUGUUUGAGCUUGCUAGGCAUCACGCACCCUCAACAAUAUUUCUGGAUGAAAUUGAUGCAAUUAUCAGCCAGCGAGGUGAAGCUCGCAGUGAACAUGAAGCAAGUAGGCGUCUGAAGACUGAGUUGCUUAUACAGAUGGAUGGUUUGACACGAACAGAUGAACUUGUUUUUGUUCUGGCUGCAACUAAUCUCCCUUGGGAACUAGAUGCAGCCAUGCUUAGGCGUCUCGAAAAACGGAUCCUUGUACCUCUUCCCGAACCAGAAGCAAGAAGAGGGAUGUUUGAGGAAUUACUGCCGUCAAAGUUUAACGAGGACCUUCCUUAUGAUGUAUUGGUGGAGAGGAGUGAAGGUUUUUCAGGUUCAGAUAUUCGUCUGUUAUGCAAAGAAGCUGCCAUGCAACCAUUGCGACGUAUAAUGACAUUUCUUGAGGAUAAACAGGAACUGGUCCCUGAGGAUGAGUUACCAAAGGUUGGACCAAUUACACCUGGAGACAUAGAUGUAGCACUGAGGAACACCAGGCCUUCUGCGCAUCUCCAUGCACACCGUUACGACCAAUUUAACUCCGAUUAUGGCAGCCAAAUACUUCAGUGAAGGUGCACAUACAUCUCUUUUAUAUUUCACCACUUUGAAAUUGUUGUCCUUUUUAUCAUAUUUGUUCAUCACUGUCCUCCCAAACGAUACUUUUGUUCUCGUCUGUAUUCUAUGUGGAUCCAUUUUAUUCAUUAAACGAUUAAGCAGUGUGCUAUUCAAAAUUUAACGAACAUAGGUUAUUGUUAAUAAAGGUUCUGGCUGAACCCAUGUAUUAAUAGGAAUGAUGUGAUUACAUGUGAUAUGGCUGUAUUAUAUAUGUACUUCUUGUAUUG